AUGCCGAAAGUGCGUACACAAAAAACAACUCGUGUUCAUAAAGAAGUCCAGAAACAAGGUACAAUAUUCUUUAUGAGAUAGAUAUAUUUCUUUUUACAAUGUAACAAAUUUUUCCUAUGGUAAAUGUAAUGUGUACUAAUCUUUCAGGAAUUUUGUUUAAUACGGAUAUUGGACAGCAUAUUUUAAAAAAUCCGCUUGUUAUUCAAAGCAUGGUUGAAAAGGCUGCACUUAGACCAACAGAUGUUGUAUUAGAAAUAGGAUCAGGUACUGGUAAUAUGACAGUAAAAUUACUGGACAAAGCUAAGAAAGUAAUAGCAUGUGAAUUGGAUAUCAGAAUGGUAGCCGAGUUACAGAAACGUGUACAAGGCACACCUUAUCAGUCAAAAUUGCAAAUCAUGAUAGGUGAUAUUUUAAAGACAGAUUUACCAUUUUUUGAUUUAUGUGUUGCCAAUAUACCAUAUCAAAUAUCAUCACCUUUGGUAUUUAAAUUACUUUUACACAGGCCAUUGUUCAGAUGUGCCGUGCUUAUGUUUCAAAGAGAAUUUGCUGAACGUUUAGUAGCAAAACCAGGGGAUAAAUUAUAUUGUCGUUUAAGUAUAAAUACUCAGUUAUUAGCACGAGUGGACUUGCUUAUGAAAGUAGGGAAAAAUAAUUUUAGACCACCACCAAAAGUGGAAUCAAAUGUAGUUCGAAUAGAACCACGUAAUCCACCACCUCCAAUUAAUUAUCAAGAAUGGGAUGGUUUAACGCGAAUUGUAUUUGUUCGAAAAAAUAAAACUCUUUCAGCAGCAUUUAAACAAACUACAGUAUUAACAAUGUUAGAAAAAAAUUACAAGCUUCAUUGUAGUUUGAAUAACAAGGAACUUCCCGAGGGAUUUAACAUCAAGAAUAUGAUAAAUGAUAUUUUGCAAAAAGCAGAUGCUGAAAAUAAACGUGCAAGAACUAUGGAUAUAGAUGAUUUUAUCAGGUAUAAUGGUUUUAUGAACUAUUUUAAUAAUUAUGAUUAACUUUGUAAGAUUAAUUAUAUAUUAAAAUUUUUAGCCUUUUACAUGCGUUUAACGCGCAAGGAGUGCAUUUUGCAUAA